ACACCACCUUUUACUCUCUCGGCCCGCCUUAUGUACACGUUUCGAACCACUUCCUCUCCGAUCCGGAAGUCAAAAUUAAAUCCUCCAGCCAUGCUCAUCAGUAUGGCCAAGAAGAUGGUUUGUAUGUCCAGCCUUAAGGAUCCGACCACUCUGGCUCGGAUCUUCCAUCACUCCUCAGUGAUGGCACAAAAGAAGGACCAGCGGAUUCGGUACGCAAAGCCUUGCCCGGAGAGCGAGGUGCCCAACAGCAAGGUGUUAAAUAGGAAGCCCUGCAGUCCCACGGAGCUGGUGGGUCCGUGCAAUGAGGGGGACUGCAGUGAAACCAUGGUCCCGCCCUGCGUGAACAAGCGCAUCUCGGAGAGCCCGUGCACGCCGUCCGUCAAUAGUAAAGACUUCAAGAAGCCACGGCAUCCGUUUAAUUCCAUGUGGGAGUCGUACAAGGGCAAGAAGUACGCCCCACCAGUGGUCGAGUGGGACUAUCCGAAGGAAAUUUGCUGCCCUGAUUGCGAAGACGUCCGCUUCGACUUGCUCUACUACACGCCGUCGAAGAAGAGCCGCAACUACCAGCGCACCUGGUGGGAGUGCUCGCCGCGAAUGGUGCCCAAGCGGGUAUGUUGUUGGUGUGAUGCAGUCCCGCCGCAAGUCCAACGCCGGACGGUGAAACCGCAAUGCGCAACCUCCGUUUGCAAUAACGAGCACGAGAGGAUGCGCUUGGAGUGCCUCAACAAGAACUUUAAAGGCUGCCCGCGGUGGCAAAUGCCAUGCUGCCGAGCCUCUCGCCAUCCGCCAAACUGCAAGGUGUACCCUACUCCCUCCGAUUGCGUGAAGACCAAGUGCCCGUUCCCCAGCUACUCCGAGUGCCUCCAGGAGGAACCGGCCGAUAUUCCCGGGCGUGCCCCAGAGUGCACGUGCCUUAAACGUCCCCCCGAUUGCCUAAUACUCCGGCGGGCCGACCAUAUGGCCAAAAACAAGAACAUUAGAGUGAAUCCCUGUCUGAGCCGAGAGGCGGAACCAUAGAUAGAUACUGCAUCCUG